CCCAGUGUCCCCACCCUUCUGCUCUGCGCUGCCAACCUACCUCAAACAGCCUUCUGCAAAUUUAAGUUACAUUGUGUCCUCUGUAGUUACCGGAUUCUUAACGACGCCGACUUAUGAGGACUUUUCUACCACCUUUUCUCCGAGCUGCACCGCGGAAAUCUUUUUGAAAUAACACGGGACGAUCCCGCUGCUUCAAACCAGAAGUGCCAGCAGCCACAGGAAGGCUGUGUGUGUUUCCACUGCAGUUUAAAUUGCUCAACUGAGUGUUUUUGCGGAGCCACUUCUCAUUGUCAACCAUGUAUCAAGUCGUAAGGAAGCUGUUUUUCACGGACUGCCGGUGUGAAGAUGCGCCGAAAAUAUACGAAGAUCUGUUCGCCAAGCUGGACACCAACAAGGAUGGAAAAGUGGAUGUGUCCGAGCUGAAGGCGGGCCUGGCCGCUAUGGGGAUCAAGACUGGGAAAGAUGCAGCUCAGAAAAUCAUUUUCUCUGGAGACAAAGACAAAGACGAGGGGCUCGACUUCAGCGAGUUCACCAAGUAUCUAAAAGAACACGAGAAGAAGUUACGACUGACCUUCAAGAGCUUGGACAAAAACAGUGAUGGUCGAAUAGACUUUAUGGAGAUAAAGCAGUCUCUGGCUGAUCUGGGGCUGGACAUCAGCAAAGAAGAGGCAGAGAAGAUCCUACAAAGUAUCGAUGUGGACGGCACCAUGACUUUGGACUGGAAUGAAUGGAGGGAGCAUUUCCUGUUUAACCCAGCCCCCAACCUGCAGGAGAUUAUCCGCUACUGGAAACACUCCACGGUGCUGGACAUAGGUGACAGCCUGUCCAUCCCAGAUGAGUUCACAGAGGAAGAGAAGACGACGGGUUUGUGGUGGAAGCAGCUGUCAGCGGGGGCCAUGGCCGGAGCUGUGUCCCGUACAGGAACCGCCCCACUGGACAGGAUGAAGGUGUUCAUGCAGGUGCACUCCACCAAAUCCAACAAAAUCAGCCUGGUUGGUGGUUUUAAGCAAAUGUUAAAAGAGGGAGGCCCAAUGUCUCUGUGGAGAGGAAACGGUAUCAACGUACUGAAGAUUGCCCCAGAGACGGCCAUUAAAUUUAUGGCCUAUGAGAAGUAUAAGAAGCUGCUGGCCAGUGACCCCGGGAAGAUCCAGACCCACGAGAGGUUCAUAGCUGGAUCUCUGGCUGGAGCCACGGCACAAACUGUUAUCUACCCCAUGGAGGUGAUGAAAACCCGUCUGACUCUGAGGAAGACAGGACAGUACUCGGGAAUGCUUGACUGUGUCAACAAAAUCCUGAGGAAGGAGGGAGUGAGAGCAUUUUACAAGGGCUACAUCCCUAAUCUUCUGGGCAUCAUCCCCUACGCUGGCAUAGAUCUGGCAGUGUACGAGAGCCUGAAGAACUUAUGGUUGUCCCACUACGCCAAAGACUCAGCCAACCCCGGUGUGCUGGUGCUGCUCGGCUGCGGUACUCUAUCCAGCACAUGUGGACAGCUGGCCAGCUACCCUCUGGCUCUGGUCCGCACCAGGAUGCAGGCACAAGCUUCUGUCGAGGGCUCGGAGCAGCUGCCCAUGACCCAGAUUGUAAAGACGGUCCUGCAGAAGGAGGGCUUCUUUGGACUUUACCGUGGCAUCCUGCCUAAUUUCAUGAAGGUCAUACCAGCUGUCAGCAUCAGCUACGUGGUGUAUGAGCACAUGAGGUAUAACCUGGGUAUUCAGAAGUAGGCAGCAGAGUCACGUGUGACUGAAUGAGAGUGUUAGGGCAAUUUUUCUUAUUUCAAACACGUCCCUUCUAACAUAUUAGGGCACCUGUUGUUAAAAACUUGUUUACCCAAAGGUCACCAAAGUCUCAUACUGCAGCAGAUGGAGUCAUUGUAGAGGAGUUUAAAGAGAUUGCAGGGCUUUGUCUGAACUGUUGAGCCAUUAUUAAAACAAAGAAACAGUUUAGAAAAUCCUGCAGUUCUCAUACAGGGUUUAUAAUGACUAAUAGACUUCUACAAUGAUUCUAACUGUAUGUAAUUUGCCCAACCUUGUUUUAGUUUGUACACAUAGAUUUAAGUGCACUGUCACUCUCAGGGUUCAGUUCAAUCAACCACAGAGGUGAAAAUUAAGAAUCUGAAAACCAAAAACACUUAUAGAGGUUCAUUUUGAUUUCUAAACAUUUUGUUUUGUUUUGGGUGGAAAAGGCGAUGUUUUGUAUUAGUCAUUUUAAGUAUGGGUCCUGUUCUUUCACAUGUUCAUUUAACACUUGACCAAAAUGCACAUUUUUGUGCUUUUUUUUCUCUUUAUCAAAAGUAGACACACCAAAAGUUAAAAAUUUACAUCUAACAUUCAUUUACACACACUAGUCCAGCAUUUACCAAAAUAUUGUGUGAGUGGGGAUCUGUUUCCCCUUCAAAUCUGAGGAAACUUUUGAAGUGCAAUACUGUAUUUACACUUUGGGGAUACACAAUGGUAUGUUUGAGACAGGUAUGUCAUUUUUGGAAUGGAUUUCACCCCAUUGUUGUUGGUCUUUUUUUCAUAUAGGACAUCACUAUUGCACCUUUUCAGUGGGUUUGGCAAACAGGGGAACAAUGUGCCUUAUUUUUCUCAGAUAUCUGUUGACUUCUCCACCCUCUGUUUUUUUUCUUGCCUUUCUUUCCGAUAUUUGAUUCAUUAGAUGCUGGAGUUUACAUGAAUAAACAUUUGAGUAUAAAAAUGA